GGAGACGGUCCACUUGAAAGGACAGCAGCAUCGCCAAAGCUCCUCUCCUCCCAUUGACUGGUGACUCAAAGUUAGGUCAAAGAUGGCUAACUCUUUUACGCGACUGGUGACGGGCCGCAACUCUGCCGCCCUGCUGGCCACUUUGGGGGCGGGCACUUUAGCGACCGGCCUCCUGUUGAGCGACAGUAGCUCUUUGGCAGCGGAGGCCAGGAAGAAGCUCUAUCCUGCUAGCUCCGACUUCCCUGACCUGCGUAAACACAACAACUGCAUGGCGACGGCGCUGACGCCCGCUAUUUACGCCAAAUUGCGGGACAGGGUCACCCCCAACAACUGGACCUUGGACCAGUGCAUCCAAACGGGCGUGGAUAACCCCGGCCACCCGUUUAUCAAGACCGUGGGCUGCGUGGCGGGUGACGAGGAGAGCUAUGAGGUGUUUGCGGAUCUCUUUGACCCGAUUAUUAUGGACCGCCACAACGGUUACGACCCUAGAACCAUGACCCACCCCACUGACCUGGACGCCUCCAAGCUGACUCACGGCAUGUUUGACGAAAACUACGUGCUGUCGUCUCGAGUGCGCACGGGUCGUAGCAUCCGCGGUCUCAGCCUCCCGCCCGCCUGUAGCCGGGCGGAACGCCGCGAAGUAGAGCGCGUGGCUGUCACGGCGCUGGCCGGCCUCAAGGGGGACCUGGCGGGUCGCUACUACAGCCUGGGAGAGAUGACCGAGAGCGAACAGCAGCAGCUCAUUGACGACCACUUCCUGUUUGACAAGCCCGUGUCGCCCCUGUUGACAUGUGCCUUCAUGGCGCGAGACUGGCCGGACGCCAGAGGCAUCUGGCACAACAACGAGAAGACCUUCCUGAUCUGGAUCAACGAGGAGGACCACACCAGAGUCAUUUCCAUGGAGAAGGGGGGCAACAUGAAGAGGGUCUUUGAGAGAUUCUGCAGAGGACUCAAGCAGGUGGAACACCUGAUUCAGGAGAGGGGCUGGGAGUUCAUGUGGAACGAACGCCUGGGCUACAUCCUCACAUGCCCCUCCAACCUGGGCACGGGCCUCAGGGCGGGCGUGCAUGUGCGCCUCCCCAAACUCAGCAAGGAUCCACGCUUCUCCAAGAUCUUGAACAACCUGCGUCUGCAGAAGAGGGGCACAGGCGGCGUGGACACGGCAGCCACAGGCGACACUUUCGACAUUUCCAACAACGACCGUCUGGGCAAGUCUGAGGUGGAGCUGGUACAGCUGGUGGUGGACGGCGUCAACUACCUGAUCGAGUGCGAGAAGCGGCUGGAGAAGGGCCAGGACAUCAAAGUCCCGCCUCCCGUCACCAUGUCUCGCAAAUAGAUGUGGCUACCUCAAGCGCAAUUCACAAAUAAUUAAAAGUCCUAGAAUAUGCAUUGACUUGUUGUUACACUUCAUCCAUUUACAAAUAUGUACAUGAUCAGAAAGAAUAUAACAACGGUUAUUACAGAAGAGAUUGCGUAAGUAGGGAAGGGCCAGCUCAUGGAGUGCUUUAAAGGUAAUGACAAGGAUCUUGCAGUUGAUUCUUUGUUUGACUGGGAGCCAGUGAAGUUGACGGAGAAUGGGGGUGAUGUGGUCACUGGUGGGUGUCCGAGUGAUGAGGCGUGCUGCUGAGUUUUGGGGGAGCUGCACUUUCUGGAGGGUCAUAUUUGGGAGACCGAAGA